AUGUUUAGACCAACUGAAAUACAUCUGUAUAAAUUGUAUGUUGAAAGAGAAUAAGCUUUCCAUUUUCUUACUAAAGUAGGACAAAUGAAUAAUGUUAAUUUAGUUAAUUGUUCAAACCAUGCAUUUCAUGAACAUGAUUAUUACAAAUAAUUAAAGCGAUGCGAUGAUAUUUAUAAUAAAAUAAGCGAGGUCAAAAACCUUUUAAUCUUAUAUAACAAACCGAUACAUUAUUGUCCAAACAUUAAAUCUUUUAUUUAAUACCUUCAAAUUACUGAAGAUUAGGUAAUAAAAAUCGAAUAAGAACUAACACAUAAAGUUCAAUUUAUUAUGAAUCAAUAGACAAAUCUGCAGUAGAUUGUUGAAUAAAGAAACAGAUUAGAAGAAGAGAUUGCAGUAAUAUAGCAUUGUAAAGAAUUCAUAUACAAAUUUUCAGGGGUUUAAUUAGGAUAUAUUGUAGGAUGUAUGAAUGCUGCAGAUUAACACAAAUUUAAUCGAAUUGUGUUUAGAAUCUCAAAAGAAAAUGGAAUUGUAAAAUUCAAGGAUUUCAACAAUGAAAAGAUUAUCUUUACGUUGGUUUUUACUAAAGGUAAACAUGAAAAUUUAAAAACUAAAUUACUUAAAAUAUGUGAAGCUUUUAAUGUAUCUAUAUUUUAAUUACCUGAAGAGAUUUAAAUUGAAACUAAAAUAAAUGAAUUAGAAAACGAGUUAACUAAUUUGAGCAUAGUCAUAACAUCAACUAAGCUGGAAAUUGAAGAACAACUAGAUUUUUUUUCUGAUAUUUCAGCGGAAAGACCGUUAGAGUUGGAUGAAAUCUAUUUUAUUGGCUAUUGUUCAUACAUUUGUGAAUUGAAGAUCAUAGUAGAUUUGGUAAGUGCUACUUAUUAUCAUCUCACAUUUUUUGAAGCAAAAUCUCAAUUUUUAAUAGGUCAAAUGUGGUGUGAACCAAAUUAGAUUGAAUUAAUCAAAUAAAUUGGGGUUCAAAUUGAAAUUAUGCAAGACAUCAAUGAAAAAUUAUAUGAACCACCAAGUCUAUUGAAAACAAAUUAAUUUACUUAUAUCUUUCAAGAAUUAGUAAAUACUUAUGGGAUUCCAAGAUACCAUGAAAUAAAUCCUGGUCUUUUCACUAUAAUCACGUUUCCAUUUUUAUUUGGUAUGAUGUUUGGAGACAUAGGACAUGGAAUAGUCUUGACAUUCUUUGGUUUCUAUUUAUUAAUGUUUGGUAAGGGUGUUAUCAAAAGUAUAAAAUUAGAAAAUAGCAGUGAAUAUCUAUCAUAUGCAGACUUUUAGAGUUUAUAUGAAUGCAGAUAUCUCAUAACUUUAAUGGGAAUGUUUGCUACAUAUUGUGGUUUUAUUUAUAACGAUUUCUUUUCGAUAUCUUUGGAAUAUAAACUCGAAAAGUUUUAGUUGGGUUUUGAUGGUAAAUGGAGUAUGUCUGAGUCUCACCUUACAGUGAUGAAUUCAUUUAAGAUGAAAACUGCAAUAAUCGUUGGAGUGAUUCAGAUGGUUUUUGGUAUCCUUCUGAAAGGUUGGAAUUGUUUAAAUUAAAGAAAAUUUAUUGAUUUCAUCUUUAACUUUAUACCUGAACUGGCUUUUAUGUUAUCUACAUUUGGAUACAUGUCAUUUUUAAUAAUACUUAAAUGGCUGACUAACUACAGUAAUAAUAUGGAACCACCUUCAAUUAUUACAACUCUGCUUAAUAUGGUCUUUACAUAAGGAGGAAUAACAGGAGCUGAAAUGUAUCCUCAUUAAGUUUACUUUUAAACUAUAUUAAUCCGUAUAGCUAUAUGUUCUCCAAUAAUUAUGUUACUUAAACCAGAAGUAAUUAGAAUAAAGAGGUCGCUUUUUAAUAUAGAAUUAGAACAUGCACAAGUAGAAGUCAUAAAAGAAGAGAAAAAUCAAAUGUUUGGCAAUUUAGUAGGAAGUAGAGCCAUUAAGGAAGAGAAACAUUUCGAUUUUGCAGAGAUUUAUAUUGAAAGUUUAAUUGAAUGCAUAGAAUUUGUAUUGGGAGCUGUGUCAAAUACAGCUUCAUAUUUGAGAUUGUGGGCACUUAGUUUGGCACAUUCUCAAUUAUCUGAAGUCUUCUUCAAAAUGUCCUUAGAACCACAAUUAGAAAGCGGAUCUGUUAUUGGAAUAUGUUUAACUUUUAUGGUUUAUGCUUUGGCAACUUUUGGAGUUCUUAUGUGUAUGGAUACUCUAGAGUGUUUUUUACAUUCAUUGAGACUACAUUGGGUUGAAUUUUAGAGUAAAUUCUAUAAAGGAGACGGUCAUAAUUUCUAACAAUUUAAUUAUCUUCACUUUUUGGAAUAGAAAUUUUAAUUUAGUACAAGGAUGUGA